AUGAACCUACAGCCGCGCGCGCAGCUCAGGCGUGAUCUGCCGACUACUGGCGACACUCAUCAUGGUUCCUAUGCAGAUUUGCAGAGAAGGAGUGGCGAUGGCAUAGCUGGUGGAAUCCGUUUCUUUCAACGCCCCUCCAAGAACAAACCGUUCCCACCAUCUUGGGCUCUCAAACUCGGCGUAGUUUUCAGCUCGUUGGCGGUAGCGUACGUUCUGCUGCUUUGUUUUCGUUCUAUAGAGGCUGGGCUUCAGCAGGUUUCAUCUACUCGAUCCCUUGCAGCUGGUGGAUAUGGAUCAUGUCGCUUAAGCUUCGUACCUGGGGAUGAAGAUGAAGAUUACUGGGAGACGGGGGGUUGGACACAACGUUUGGUGCAGUCACUCACGCAGGAACAGCGAAUAUCACUGCCUCAACAGGCUUUGCAAUAUCAAGGGAAUGUCGCACUACCGCGCGCCGAAGGGCACGUUGCCGGUGCAGUGGUACAGGGGACUUCUGGAAACGUUUCCCGCCGUGGCCCUUCCACAGGAAGUUUCGAGACGCAUGACUUGCACUUGUGGGUGCGUUGGAACAUGCCUUCAGACGACAGGAAAUAUCUUUUUCGCAUUUUAAGGCAAAUGUUAGAUGUGACGAAAGUAUGUGAGUCAAUAUUGCCAAUCUUAACGCGCAAACAACGCCUGCAGUUGGCAUUCCAGGUGGUGAGGUUAGUCGCCUUGGAAUUAGGAUCAUUUUCAUUGGUUAAAAGGGAUGUAGAGCCUAUGAGAGUAGCCGUAGGCGAUUGUCUCAUCCAGUUGGCGCUGCAGUCGCUUGAACGCAGUGGGGACGACAAAGGCAGUGAAGGCGAUCGCAGUUUGCUUCGGGAACUGAUUCGCUUGGUCAAUGAGAUAAAGCAGCCAUGGUAUGUGAAGCAGGAAAAGCCCCCUGAUAAGUACAAAAAGAAGAUGAUAAGCAUAAUGGCAACUGCUGACGUGAUAUUGAAGAAUUGCAUGAGCGUUCUGCAGGGGCUACGGGUGUUUCACGAAGAUUCGUCGCAAAAGAAGUUGCCUCCCGAAGUAGUAGUGCAGCAGCUAGAAGUUAUAAAGGCGCUCUAUCAUGUUCACGCUAACUAUGUUGCAAGGGACGGUUCACUUCGAGCACACAUGCUGGAGUGUCAGAAACGUACACGCGUGUAUGCACUUUUCCGUCACGAACACUACGAGCUGUCCAGAGGGAGGAUUGUUCCAGUCAAAGAGUUAUACCACCAGGUAGAUGAGGCUGUUAGGGCCGCUGGGGGACUUCUACAGCCUGAACAAGCAAGCGCAUGGGAGCAUGAGCAUGGCAGUGCUGGCGGCACAACAGAAGGGCAGACUGCAGAGAAAAAUAGUGAACCUGAGCAGCUAAGUGAGCCGCCGAGUCAUGAACCGACACAAGGAGCAUUAUCUCAAGCAAUUAAAUCUUCAUUAGAGUCCAGAACUUUGGCGGCGAGUAGAGAAGUGGAGGCGGAGAGCUCGCUGCAAGAUAAAGCUCCAUCAUCGUUGACUGGCUGGUUGCCUGAACAAGGUGCAAGUUCUGGGCCAGCUCUGAAGCCUCCCUCCACAAGCACGUCUGCCGGGAAGGAUGUUGAGCAGUCAUCAUCGUUCGUUUUGACGAAAUCUUCGCAGUCACCGGUUGUUCUUUCAGUGUCUCGAUCGAAAGCAGCAGAACAGGGAGUUUUAGUUGGACGCCUAGAUUCUUGCGGGUUGGAUACUUUAUCGCGAAAACCUACUUAUCCAUCAGCUACGCAGAAUUCUGGAUGCGCCAAUCAUGCCAGUUCAUCAGGGCAAUACAGUUUUGCCGAACACAGUUCUAGCUCGCAUAUGGUGCACUCUACUGCCGUCCAUACGACGCGCGCAGCUGUGCCGUAUGACUGUUUGGAGUCGCGUGUAUCCAUUAAGGAAAAAAUUUACAACUGGAUGCAGACACCUGCAGCUCUUGAAGAGAGGGAUCGCAGGUGGUUUCAAACACCAGUAACUUCCACAGUAGAGGAAUACACGAGGCAGCAGAGAACUGCACCCCUUGAUCAUACCUGGCUACAGGGAAUUGCGCCUGUUCAACAAGAGGAUUACAGUGUGCAUGGCACCGCUGUACCUGUUCAGCAAGAAAAGUGGCGUUGGCUGCCGACACUUUCACGUGUUCAAGAACAGGAUUACAGUGGUUUGCAGACAACUGCUCCUCUUCAAGUAAAGGACCACAAUGGGUUGCAAACAACUGCAAUAGCUAAACAAAGGGAUUACGUGCGGGCGCAGACAACUGCACCUGCCCAAGAAGAGGAUUACGCCUGGCAGCAGACAAGUGCGUUCUUUAAAGAGGACUACAGGUGGCAGCAGGCACCUGCACCUCUUCAAAAAGGGGAUGACAAGCAGGCACAGAGAACUGCACCUCUUCCAAAAGAGGGUUACAAGGGGCUGCAGAGAAUUGCACCUCCAGAAAGGGGAAAAGUGUUGCAACACACAGCUCCAUGUCAGUUGGACGUUUGUAGAGGGCAGCAGACAACCGCACUUUUUGAGAAGCUGCAGCAGAGGUGGCUGCGGGCACCUGCGCCUCUUCAACAGUACAGGGGGUCGCAGACAACUGCACCUCCUCAAGAAGGGAAUUGGCAGCAGAAAAUUACACUUCCCGGAGAAGAGAAAAACAGGUGGCCGCAGACACGUGCAUCUCUUCAGGACUAUUUUUACGGCGGGUCGCAGCCACCUGUGGCUGAGAAAGAACAGGAUAACAGGGGUCUGCCGACGCGUGCACAUCUUCAAGAAAAGAAUACCAGCGGGCUACAAGCAGGCACACCUUUUCUGGAAGGGGGUAACGGGCGGCCGCAAGCACCUGCACCUCUUCAAAGUGCGUUUUAUAGUCUUUUCAGCGGUGGAGGUAUACCUCCCUGGUCGCCUUUUUCACAGGCUCCAGCAGACUCUCUAAACCGAAGCGCCGCUAGAAACUCUGAGUGGUUUGUCACUGGGACCUUUGGCCAAGAUGAGGCACGGGGUAGCCAUCCGCGUAAGCAUACUAAAAGUAGCCGCCAAUGA